UCGCGGGAGGCGGAGCGCUCCGAGUUUCCGCUGGGGCGGGAGGUCAGCGAGCGAGCGGGAUGGCGGCGCUGAGGCCAUUGAGUUGUCGCUUGACGCUUUUAACCGAGAGGCGGAGCGAAUGGCAGCGGCUGGAGCGGCGGAACGUAUACAAAAAGAAAUGGGCUUCCUCCCGGCCGAGGGUGCCCGACACUCAGCGGGCUUUACACAACAUGGACAUGAGCUACAGCCUGCAGUUCGGCGAGCGCUGGCCCUCCAUCCGCCUGGCUUUACUCUGCCAGCGGAAAUACGCGGCUCUGCUCAACGGCUUCGGGGACGUGGAGAAGGCGCUGCGGGAGAUGGAGCGGCGGCAGGCCAGGGACUUCGUGUACGAGAGCCGGAGGGAGGGGGCCGGCCAGGGGCCGGACUGGACAUCGCGCGCGCAACCCCGGCCGCGGCCACUCCAGGAGGGGCAAACCCCCGCGUCCGCUGGCCCUGCGCCGCCGGCGUUGGGCGGUGACUCGGCGCAGGAAGCGCCAUCCGUCCUGGAAACGAAGCGGUCCGUUCCCAUUAGCCCGAACCUCAAGUGCUUCACCUUUCCGAGGGGAGACAUCACACGUUUUAGGCCAGCAAGACCAGACAGUUUAAGAUUGUUGGAAUAUUAUCUGAUGGAUGCUGCAUCGCUCCUCCCAGUACUCAUCCUGGAUGUUCAACCAGGUCACACAGUCCUUGAUCUCUGCGCAGCACCUGGUGGAAAGUCUCUCGCACUGUUGCAGACAGAAUGCUGUCGACAUCUGGCUGUCAAUGAUAUAUCCACAUCUCGACUAAGCAGGUUGCGUAAAAUCCUUCAUAGUUAUGUUCCAAAGAAUGCCCGUACAGAGGACAGACUACGCAUCACAUCAUUUGAUGGCAGACACUGGGGCGAGGUAGAGAGGAAUACCUUUGACCGGGUGUUAGUUGAUGUUCCAUGUACAACUGACAGACACUCAGUACUUGAGGAAGACAAUAAUAUCUUUAGUCGACUACGACUCAAGGAGAGGCAAAGGCUUCCUUUAUUACAGACCCAGUUAUUGGUUUCUGGCAUUCUUGCCACGAAGCCUGGCGGAUCAAUCGUAUAUUCAACAUGCAGCCUAUCUCAGUUACAAAAUGAAUAUGUGGUGGAGAGAGCAGUUGCAGUGGCAGAGACAGAACAUAACAUGGAGCUGCGUCUGGUGGACCUGACUGCUAUCCGGACCCUUUACAGUGACACAUUUAAUUUCCAUGGCUGUUGUAGAGUUGGGGAACUAGUCCUCCCGCAUCUCACUGCAAAUUACGGGCCAAUGUAUUUUUGUAAACUGCACAGAAUACACUAAAAAAUAUUCAAUUUUAAAAAAUUAGACUAAUAAACUAGCUUUUUUCCUUC